AUGUUCGCAUUCACAUCCAUUGGUGGCAAAGUUGAUUGUGGUCUUAAUGAUGGACGAGGUCCUCCACAAUUUGUUAUAAGUGGACAAAAUUAUCAUCGUAUUGGCAGCUUACUCCCAGUUGAAGGUGAUAAUCCCAAAUUUGCUCAGCUAUACAUAUAUGAUACAAGGAAUGAGGUCCAAAAUAGAAUGAAUCAUUUCAGGGAUGGCAAAACCACACUUGAUAGAAGUUUAGUGGUAGAUUUGAUUGGAAUGGUGGAUGAGCACAAUGUUUUAGCGAAGUCUUUUAGAAAAGUUCGAGAUCAUGUUGAAGUAUUUGAUUCGAAUCAGGUUGCAUUAAGGUUGUUUAGGAAUCGGGUGCAUGAUCCUAAUACGUACAAUCUUCCAAGUGUAGAUGAAGUUGCUGCUUUAAUUGUUGGUGACUUUGAUAGUUCUGAUUGUGGUCGUGAUAUUGUACUUCGUACGGUUGAGGGUACGUUACAGAGGAUUUAUGAGACGCACUCAUGUUUCUUGCCCUUACAAUAUCCGUUGUUGUUUCCUUAUGGGGAAGAAGGGUUUGCAGAAAAGAUGGGGUUUGGUGGAAUUAACUAUGACAGCUCAAUUCACAAGCGGGAAAAUUUGUCACUUCGUGAAUGGGUUGCAUUUAGAAUUCAUGAGAGGCAAUUUGAAAGCAAGAGGAUAACCUUGUCUCGUCGAUUGUUCCAACAAUUUGUGGUUGAUUCUUAUGCUAUGGUUGAAUCUAAUAGGCUUUACUACCUAAGGUACAAUCAAGAUGCUAUUCACAAAGAUUUCUUAGCUGGGCUUGAGGAUGCUAUUACUCGCGGUGAUAAUGAUUCUUCAUCAAUUGGUUCUAGGAUUAUACUUCCAUCUUCGUUUACUGGUGGAAGACGUUACAUGUUUGAAAACUGUCAAGAUGCUAUGGCAAUUUGUGGAACAUAUGGAUACCCGGACUUGUUCCUUACGAUGACAUGCAAUCCUAAAUGGCCUGAGAUUGACCGUCAUGUAUCGGGUUAUUCUUUGUCUGCAUAUGAUCGUCCUGAUAUUUCAUGUCGAGUUUUUCGCAUGAAAUUAGAUCAACUAAUGACAGAUUUGAAGAAAGGUGAAUUCUUUGGGAAGGCCAUUGCUGGUAUGUACAACAUUGAGUUUCAGAAGAGAGGUUUACCACAUGCUCAUAUUCUACUGUGGUUGAGUCCUGAGUACAAGUUAAGUUCAACUGCAAUGAUAGACUCUGUUAUAUGUGCUGAGCUACCAGAUCCUAAUUUGUAUCCCUCAUUGUUUGAAGCUAAGAGAAUCUCCUUGCAUAAAGAAUGGGCGUUUUCCAAGUUUUUCCCGAAAAAAUAUGCUGAAGUUACAACUUUUGAUAAUGAUGGGUAUCCAAUCUAUAGGAGGAGGAAUACUGGUAUCUCCACCAACAGGAGGGGGGUUGAUUUGGACAAUGGUUAUGUUGUUCCAUACAAUCCGAAGCUUUUGAUGAAAUACCAGGCACACAUCAACAUAGAGUAUUGCAACAAAUCGAACUCUAUUAAGUACUUAUUCAAAUAUAUAAACAAAGGUGUUGAUAGGGUUACAAUGUCUAUGUCAAGCGGUAACAAUAAGCACGACGAAAGGAUGGAGAAUGACGAGAUCAAACAAUACUUUGAUUGCAGAUAUUUGUCCCCGUGUGAAGCUGUGUGGAGAUUAUUCAUGUUUGAUAUCCAUCAUAAAUGGCCACCAGUUCAGAAGCUCACGUACCACUUACCUAGGAAGCAAGUUGUAUUGUUCAAGGAACAUCAGGUAAUUGAGCAUGUACUAGAGAGAAAUAAAGUUAAGAACAGUAUGUUCCUAGCAUGGAUGGAUGCAAAUUCUAAGUAUCCGGCCGGUAAAGGAUUAACGUAUGUUGAGUUUCCGGCAUCAUUUGUUUAUGAUCCAAAAAUGAAGUCAUGGCACCCAAGGAAACAAGGGCUUUCUAUUGGCCGAAUCAAUUUUGUUCCUCCUGGCCCAGGUGAAUUGUAUUACUUGAGAAUGUUGUUGAAUGUGCAAAUGGGUUGUACAAAGUUUGAAGACUUGAGAACAGUGAACAAUAAGGUAUAUGACAGUUUUAGAGAUGCGUGUGUGGCUUUGGGAUUGUUGAAGGAUGAUCGUGAAUAUAUUAGUGUUAUACUUAAUGUGGCUACACUGUCUUCUGGGGCUUACACAAGAGCUUUGUUUGUUUCCUUCUUAUUGGGAAAUUCCAUGUCUAAUCCAUUGCAUGUAUGGAUGGAAACUUGGCAUCUUUUGGCUGAUGGAAUUACCUAUGAUUUGCGGAGAAAGCAUAACAAUUUAGAUUUGGUGAUUAAUGAUGAUCAAUUGAAAGAUUUGUGCUUAAUGGAGAUAGAAAAAGUGUUGAUGAUGAAUGACAAAUCACUUAAAGAUUUCCAUGGCAUGCCAAAUGUUGAGCGUAGUACUUUAAACGAGUUUGGUAAUGUUCUUCUAUUCAAUGAGCUAAAUUUUGAUAUGGCUGAGAUGAAGAAAUUACAUGAGGAAUUCUUUAAUAAGUUGAAUAGUUGUCAAGGCAAGGUUUAUCAUGAGAUUAUUGAUGCAGUUGAGAAGGAUAAUGGUGGUUUUUUCUUCGUUAAUGGACAUGGUGGAACUGGUAAAACCUUUCUAUGGAAAACUUUAACCUACAGGUUGAGAUCUGAGAAGAAAAUUAUACUAAAUGUUGCUUCAAGUGGUAUCGCUUCUCUUCUACUUCCAGGUGGUCGUACUGCACAUUCACUUUUCUCCAUUCCUCUAAAUGUCAAUGAGGAUUCAUGUUGUGGGAUUGCUCAAGGUAGCCCAAAAGCUGAAUUACUUCAACGAACUAGCCUUAUUAUUUGGGAUGAGGCACCAAUGGUUAAUAGAUAUGCCUUUGAAGCAUUGGAUAGGACAUUGAGAGAUAUAAUGAGAUCAUGUGAUCCAGAUAGUAUUAAUAAACCAUUUGGUGGCAAAGUUAUUGUUUUAGGUGGUGAUUUUAGACAAAUCUUACCAGUUGUCCCUAAAGGCGGUAGAGCUGAGAUUGUGAUGGCUACCAUAAACUCAUCUAGAUUGUGGAGAUUUUGCAAAGUGUUGACAUUGUCAGAAAAUAUGCGUUUGUUAGGUAAUCCAAAUGAUCAAAAUGUUGAAGAGAUUAAAGAAUUUGCAAAGUGGGUGCUAGGUGUUGGAGAUGGAGUCUUGGGUGACUAUAAUGAUGGUGAAUCUCUUAUAACAGUACCGGCAGAAACAUUGAUUCAACAAUCUUCCAAUCCUGUGAGUGAUAUUGUACAUACAAUGUUUCCAAAUAUUCUUCAAAAUAUUGGUUCUGUUGAGUAUUAUCAAGAUAAGGCAAUAUUGGCUCCAACUUUAGAAGCUGUUGAUGUUGUUAAUAAAUAUGUGUUAUCAUUAUUUGAUUCCAAUGAGGUGACUUAUUUAAGCUCUGAUUCAAUAUGGGGCGUUGAUGAAGAAGUUGGUAUUGAAGCUGAUUGGCUUACGACUGAGUUCCUUAAUGAUAUCAAGUGCUCGGGUAUGCCUGAUCAUAAGUUGGUUCUUAAAGAAGGAUCUCCUGUCAUGUUAAUGCGAAAUCUGGAUAUAUCAGCUGGUUUGUGCAAUGGGACUAGACUUAUUGUUACACAUCUUUUGCCAAAUGUUGUUGGAGGGAUUGUUAUAUCCGGUACACAUGUUGGAAAGCAGACCUUUAUUGGAAGAAUGAAUUUGAUUCCAACUGAUGAAAGUAUGCCAAUUAGGUUCCAAAGAAAUCUGGGCUUAAGGUUCUUGUGUGCAAUGAGGAUGUUGCUCAAAGGAAUCAUACGAAAAACAUUGUCUAUAAGGAAGUUUUUCAGAAAAUAUAUAAUUAAGUAA